UCCUCCCCCGCCACGAAACCUCAACCAGCUAGAACAAAAUCGCCCCCUUCCCAAAAACCCUAGCCGCCGCCGUUGCGACGCCGAUGGGGAAGCGGCCGCGGAACGUCCGCGCCAUCCGGUCUAACUCCUUCGAGUCCUACCUCCGGCGGCUCAUAGCCGACGGCGGGCUGGCCGUGCCGGGCUGCUCCGCCGACGACGUCGCCGGCGCCCUCCGCUCCCGCAACCCCGACCUACGCCGCAAGCAGCUCGGCCCCUUCGUCGCCGCCGUCCGCCGCGCGCUCCUCUCCUCCAUGCCCGCCCCCGCCGAGGCCUUCUCCGCCGACUCGGACGUCGACUCCCGAGCCUCCUCCCCGUCCUCCUCCCGCCGCCAACGCCGCCGCCUCAGCCACGACGCUUCCUCCUCCACCUCCUUCUCCGGAGACGACGACGAUGGCGGCGCUCGCCCGCCCUCCCCUCCCCCCGCCUUCGACGUCACCAAGUCGAUGCUCCGCGCGCGCUACGCCUCCCUGACGCCCAAAAAGGACCCCGGGACCAACCAGCAGCUCGAGAUCGAGGUCAAUGCAGAGAAGCCCCGCCGGCGGAUGACAGCUGAUGGUGGUGCCGGUGGCGACUCCAAGCUGGAGGCUGCGGCGGUUGCGCCAGCUACUACCGAAGGAGGCGGCAGGGUGGGGAAGGGGCCAAUGUUCUCUGACCUCGGCGGUAUGAAAACGGUGAUAGACGAGCUGAUGAUGGAGGUGGUCGUUCCGCUGUGCCAUCCGCAGCUGCCACUGCGGCUUGGUGUUCGGCCUGUGGCCGGGAUUCUGCUCCAUGGACCGCCUGGCUGUGGAAAAACAACGCUUGCCCACGCCAUUGCCAACGAGACUGGCGUGCCAUUCUACAAGAUAUCAGCGCCGGAAAUCGUCUCUGGGGUUUCUGGAGCUUCUGAGGAAAACAUCAGAAUCUUGUUUCAAAAAGCUUACAGGACUGCUCCAUCAAUUGUAUUUAUAGACGAGAUAGAUGCAAUUGCAUCCAAGAGGGAGAAUUUGCAACGAGAAAUGGAACGGCGGAUAGUUACACAGUUAAUGACAUGCAUGGACGAGUUCCACCAGAAUGUUGGGUCAGACGGUAGUGACUUGGAUUCGCAAUCAUCCGAAAAGAAGCCUGGCUAUGUUAUUGUCAUUGGAGCUACCAAUAGACCUGAUGCUGUUGACCAAGCACUUCGGAGACCAGGGAGGUUUGAUCGAGAGAUAUCUCUUGGUGUUCCAGAUGAGACUGCACGGCAACAGAUUCUGAAGAUGCUUACUAAGAACCUUACACUGGAGGCAGAAGGCCACUUUGACUUGUUCAAGAUAGCAAGGGCUACACCAGGAUAUGUUGGUGCGGACUUGAAGGCAUUAGUGGACAAAGCAGGGAAUCUUGCAAUGAAAAGAAUAAUUAUUGCAAGAAAAAAACUUUUGGGGGAUGAUGAAAACAAUGAGCAGGACUGGUGGAGACUUCCUUGGAAUGAAAGCGAGAUGGAGAACCUAUGUAUUGCUAUGGAUGACUUUGAGAAUGCAGUCACAAUGGUUCAACCAUCAUUGAGAAGGGAAGGAUUUUCUUCUGUCCCUGAUGUCACAUGGGAGGACGUUGGAGGUCUUGAUUCAUUAAGGAAAGAAUUUUACCGCUGCAUUGUUCGUUGUAUCAAGUACCCGGAAGAUUAUAAGGAAUAUGGAGUGAACAUGCAAGCUGGGUUUUUGCUGUUUGGACCUCCAGGCUGUGGGAAAACGCUGAUAGCAAAAGCAGUUGCACAUGACGCAGGGGCUAGUUUUAUUCACAUUAAGGGGCCUGAGCUAUUGAACAAGUAUGUCGGGGAGAGUGAAUCAGAAGUAAGGAAAAUAUUCACCCGUGCACGAACUAACUCUCCGUGCAUCCUAUUUUUUGACGAGAUAGAUGCUUUGACGACAAAAAGAGGGAAGGAGGGAGGGUGGGUUGUUGAACGUCUCCUAAAUCAGUUACUCAUUGAACUCGAUGGUGCUGAUCAGCGACAUGGUGUUUAUGUUAUUGGAGCUACAAACAGAAUUGACGUCAUAGACGAGGCUGUUCUACGACCUGGUAGAUUUGGGAAGAAACAUUUUGUUCCUUUACCCGGUGCUGAUGAACGGGUUUCGAUAUUGAAAGCACAUGCCAAGGAUAAACCCGUCUCUGCUGAUGUUGAUUUGGACACACUUGCACGUCGACAGGAGUGCAAUAAUCUCAGUGGUGCAGACCUAGCUUCACUGGUGAACGAAGCAGCCAUGGCAGCGUUGGGAGAGAAAAUCGAAUUCCUAGAGAAUGGGACAGCCUCAAGAAGUUUGUCAUUUACGCGUGAGAUUGAACUCUUGCACUUUGAACAUGCUCUAUCUAAAGUAAAGCCAUCGGUAUCAGAACAGCAAAGGAAACACUUUGACAUGCUGUCAAAGAAAUAUUCGGCCGAUUGAUCCAUCUUUGGUGCCUACUUACAAGGGACGUGCUGCAGUACACUCAUGAACCAUGAUGGCAUCCAGCACCCAGCAUAUUCAUUUACAGAAACAGAAACAUGGCUGCCGCCAGUCACUUCUGUUAUUGUUUCGUUCAUCAUGUCCACCCGCAAUUUUGAUCAUCCUCAAUGUAGAAGUGAGUAAUACAAUUAUGUUUGCGGGAAAUAGCUAUAAUGGUUUGGUCAUUGUUUGGCAGUUAGGAACCCAUUCUAGUCGUUUUACAACUUUGACUGGUGCUUGUUGUAUCCAGAUUGGGAUGUUGAACGCUUGAUGUUCCAGUUUCCGAAACACGUACGGUGGUUCUCUUGCAAGUCAAGUCGCAAUACUUGCUGUUAAGGCUUUCCAAA